GCAGUUCCCAUAGUCAAGUGCGCCAGGAAUCCACGCCAUCUUAUGCCUUACACAACCGUCACAUUACCCAAGAACACCACGGCUUAUAUAUACCGUCAUUCUCCCUACGAGGCAGCAACUACUGUUUCCCUGAGGCAGGCACGCAUCCCCGAACCCUCCCUGCUGCUUGAGCGCGAUGCUGCGAGUACUACUGCUGUGCGUGGCCGGCUUUGGCCUUUGUCUCGGCCAGGUGCUCAAGCCCGGCAAGUGCCCAGAGUUCACCUCCAAGACAGACUUUGAGGUGCAGCCGUACCUGGGAAAAUGGGUGGAAAAUGCGCGAUUCCCCACAAAGGACGAGGAAGGUCAGACCUGCAAUUACGCCGAGUAUUCGGACAAUGAGGACGGGACGGUCGGCGUGCACAACGCGGGACUCGACGCUGACGGCACCUUCACGGAAAUCUUCGGCUACGUGGAGCUGACAGACGUGCCCGGCUCCCUCGCCCUUCAUCUGGACGGCGUUCCGUUCGUAGGGAAAUACGACGUGCUGGAGACAGACUACGAGACCUACACCUCCGUAUAUUCUUGCGUUGACUUCCUCGGGUUGGGAUACAUGGACCAGGCGUGGGUGCUGGGGCGUCACGUCCUUUCUGAAGAGGAGCUCAGCCUCGCCCUAUCUGCCUUCACUCGCUGGGGGAUUGACACCAGCUCCUUCGAGUACACGCCUCAGACCGACUGUUCUGGACUGCCCUGAGCAUCUCCGUCCAGCCCUCCCUUUCUUUUUUCGUGGUAGUGAAGGAAUGCUUGUCUCCGGGUCUCUUUACGUCAGUGGUUUCCCUCUGGUACCUGCAUUCCAGAACUAUAUACAAGCAACUUCUCAUUCCCUCCACGUGAAGGAAUGACAGACCAGGAGUGGUAGACUACCCUGUCCUCCGCGAGCCGUGUCAUCUCCCCGCGAGGAAGGAAGGAGACGCCACUCAGUCAGGGAGGGAGGGAAGGGAGCAGCAACAUUUACUUUUUGUUAAUUAAGGACCACCUAUUCACGGGUACAAUUAGAAUAUUGAGUUAACACUUGUAACUAAUAAAAAAUAAUGAAAGA